GAGCGGCUGAGAGAGGACGCAGAAUCAGAGAAGGUCCGAGAAGCAGAGACACUUUGCGUGUUUUCCCCCUUUUAUCUUAUUAUCCCCCCCCCCUCCAUUAACCACAGGCUGAACAAUAUUCCUCUCAAGUGAAAGUCAGCCUGUGGGUGUGAAAUCAGCCGGUGCGCGCAGCCCGUACGGAGUAUUGCGCUGUUUUCUGAGUUUUGGUGGAGGUCGUUCACUAAACUCAGCUGCUGCUCUCGGAGGUCAGUUUGGAUUAUUCGGUGGACGCGUGUUGUAUUGAGCACAAUUCACCACAGAGUUCAUCCCAAAGUUUGGACCGCUGUCACAGCACACUUCUGCCUGUCUUUUAGGUAUGCCUUUGGUCGUCAGUCUGACUCCCGACAGGUAACCAGGUGUGUUGCUGCUCUCAUGGCCUUGACAACCCUGCGAGUGUUCCCUGUCGCUGUGGUCACCAUCCUGGCAGUGCUGGCGUCGUCUGCAGAGGAGCAUGAGUGGCACUUUGAUCCAGCUCAGUGUCGUUACGCCCUGGGGAUGGAGGAUGGCACCAUUCCAGAUUCUGACAUCACUGCCUCCAGCGCCUGGUCAGACUCCACAGAGGCCAAACAUGGAAGGUUGAGUACUGGAGAGGGGGACGGAGCGUGGUGUCCAUUAGGAUCCGUGUUCCCCAGCGGAUCAGAGUACCUUCAGAUUGACCUGCGCAGACUCCACUUCCUGGCUCUGGUCGGCACUCAAGGUCGCCACGCUGAUGGGCACGGUCAGGAGUUUGCACGCAGUUACCGGCUCCGCUAUUCCCGAGAUGGAGAGAAAUGGAUCACCUGGAAGGACCGCUGGGGCCAAGAUGUGGUGUCUGGUAAUGAGAACACCUAUGAUGUUGUGCUGAAAGACCUCGGACCUCCCAUUGUGGCUCGCAUGGUGCGAUUCUACCCCCUCGCCGACCGGGUUAUGAGCGUUUGUCUUCGGGUGGAGCUCUAUGGCUGCCUUUGGAACGAUGGGUUGAAGGCUUACACAGCUCCAGUGGGUCAUGUCAUGCAGCUGCCCGGCAUGUCUGUGUAUCUCAACGACUCCACCUAUGAUGGGAGCACGGAACAAGGGAUACAGUUUGGAGGGCUUGGUCAGCUGUGUGACGGUGUCCUGGGAGGAGACGACUUUACAAAGACUAAGGAGUUGAGGGUGUGGCCUGGGUAUGACUACCUGGGCUGGAGCCGGGAAGCCCUCGGGCAAGGCAGCGUGGAUAUUGAGUUCCACUUUGAGAAACCACGAGUCUUCCACCACAUGCAGGUGCACAGUAAUAACCGUCACACACAGGGUGUGAGAGUUUUCAGCAAAGUGGAGUGCCUUUUUAAGCCUGGCAUCCUCCAGCCAUGGUCCUCUCCUGCCCUCACCUUGCCUGUGCCCCUCGAGGAUCUAAAAGACCCCUCGUCACGACCCAUCUCUCUCCCACUGGGGGGCCGGCUGGCUCAGAUCCUCCGCUGCAAAUUCUACUUUGCCGACCGUUGGCUGCUCAUCAGCGAGAUAUCUUUCCUCUCUGAGCCAUUUGAGGAGGAUGUCACAGACACUGAUUUAUUUCCUCCAAAUAUUCCCAUGAUUCCUGGCACCAAAUCUUCUCCUCCUCCUGUUAAUGUCACCUCCUCUGCUCCCACAUCGAGCCGCGGUGCCUUCAAUUCCACUACCGGGCCUACUGAACCCCCCACCACCACCACCGCCGUCAUGAUGGACACCACUGGUAACUGGACGCUUUCAGGGCCGGCGUUUGCUGCUGUUACUCCAAGGGCGGGGCUUCCCGUGGCUAAAGACGACAGCAGCAAUACAGCCAUUCUGAUUGGCUGCCUGGUGGGCAUCAUCCUUCUGCUCCUGGCUGUGAUAGUUGUCAUUCUUUGGAGGCAGUACUGGAAAAAGUUACUGGGAAAGGCCCAAGGCAGUCUGUCCAGCGAUGAGCUGCGGGUUCACCUUUCGGUCCCCUCGGACAACGUGGUCAUCAAUAACACCCACAGCUACUCGAGUCGCUACCAGCGCAUCCACACUUUUCCGGAUGACCGUGACCACGACAGAGAGGCAGAAGGGGAGUAUCAGGAGCCCAGCGCCCUGCUCCGGCCCCGAGAUCACAGAGACAGCACAGCCUUGCUGUUAAACAACCCAGCCCAUUACCUGCUCCUACCAGAUCACAGAAAAGGCUCGAGAGCAUUAGUCGUCCCCAGCUCCACACAGGUUCGGGAAAAGAGCCUCAAUGUGCCCCAGGCUUGUGGUCUGGACUUUGACACGGAGAAAGGUUUCCCCCCAGCACAGGAUGAGCCUCCUCCCUACCCCGGGUCUCCUCCUUACCCUUCUCUCUCUCCGCCCGUGUCUCCCCCGAUGCCCCCCAGCGUCCCCCACUAUGCUGAGGCAGACAUCGUGAGCUUGCAGGGUGUCAGUGGCAACAACACCUACGCUGUUCCGGCCUUGGCCUCUUCAAGCCCCGGGGCUGAUGCCGCCCCGCUGCCAGAGCUGCCGCGCCAGUGUCUCAUCUUCAAGGAGAAGCUCGGGGAGGGGCAGUUUGGAGAGGUACACCUGUGUGAAAUCGAGAGCCCUCAGGACCUUCCUACACUGGAGUUCCCCUUCAAUGUGAGAAAAGGUCGCCCCCUCCUGGUAGCUGUGAAGAUACUGCGCCCAGACGCCUCCAAGAACGCCAGGAACGACUUCCUGAAAGAGGUGAAGAUCCUGUCUCGCUUGAAGGACCCGAACAUAAUCAGGCUGCUGGGAGUGUGUGUGAGCAGUGAUCCGCUCUGCAUGGUCACCGAAUACAUGGAGUGUGGAGACUUGAACCAGUAUUUGUCCCAACGAGUGCUUCUGGACAAAACUGGGCCUUCACACAAUACGCCAACCAUCAGUUACCCAGCGCUCAUUUCCAUGGCCAGCCAGAUUGCGUCAGGAAUGAAGUUCCUCUCCUCGCUUAACUUUGUGCACCGAGAUCUGGCCACACGUAACUGUCUGGUUGGGGGUGAGAGGGGCGAGAGCGGAGAGGACCAAGGCGGAGAGCGUCACAUCAAGAUCGCCGACUUCGGCAUGAGCAGGAACUUGUACGCUGGAGACUACUACAGGAUCCAGGGCAGGGCCGUGCUGCCAAUACGCUGGAUGGCUUGGGAGUGCAUACUCAUGGGUAAGUUCACCACGGCGAGCGACGUGUGGGCGUUCGGAGUCACUCUGUGGGAGAUGCUGAGCGUUUGUCAGGAGCAGCCGUAUUCCACCCUCACGGAUGAACAAGUCAUCGACAAUGCUGGCGAGUUCUUCAGAGACCAGGGCAGACAGGUGUAUCUGAGCAGGCCGGCUGUGUGUCCUCAGGGUCUCUACGAGCUCAUGUUGAGCUGCUGGAACAGAGACUGCAAGGUCCGCCCAUCUUUCGCUUACAUCCACUCCUUUCUUACGGAGGACGCCAUGAACAUGGUGUAAAGUAAAGCAGAGGAGCAGAAUAAGAAGAAAAGGCUUGUGCGUUCAUGCAUACUUCCCACAGUGGGAAGACGUGGUGGUGGCUACACAUACGGGGCAGACGAAAAGGGAGACCGGGUUGCUCGCUUUUAUAUUUUGUACUUUUUGGGUGGAUGGGGCUGAGAGACCGCUGGUUCGGUUUUAAUUCCACAUCAGACCCCAAAGACAAAGCUAACUUCCUCUUAACAUAGUUUAAGCUACAUUUCUCGAGGGUGGUGGUGGUGGUACUGGUGGUGGGUGCGGUCUGCAUAGGAUCUAAUUUCUUCAUGGAGGGUUUCUGUGACUGGUGAUUAUGUGCUGUAGAGUUAAGGAGCUCAGUUACAGGAAACACUCUGUAAACGUAGGAAAUCAGGAGCAGUUAUGAAGUUUAAUUGGGUUUUUUUUUCAGCAUCUCCACACAGGAUGACAGGUGUGGGUCACAUGACCCGCAAAGUUUUAAGAGAAUGCCUCAUGUCUAGAGAAGAAACACAUACACACACAGACAGGUAUUGUGUCAGUACUUAUAGUAUGUAUAAAUUACUGCACACAGACAUGGCUGAGCUAGAACCUCAGUGAUGGAUUUCAUUUUUAUCUCAGCUCCUUAUCCGUACGUAGCGACCCACGUCCAGAGUUGUCAGUUUUAGUGGACUAAUGUGAAAUGAUGUGGACCAGACAACAGCAGCCCUAUUUCUGCAAUGUGAUCAAGUCAACACCAACGUCGUAGUCAAAAACCCCAAAAAGAAAUAUUUGAACUUCAUCUUUGAGCCACAGUUUAAAAAGAAAAAACAAAGCAGGUUGUAUGAACUUCUCAAACCUGAGAAAAAGGUGCAGAAGAGGAGACUCUGCUACACCUUUGCUGCUCCCACAAACUGGAACAGCUUUUCCGAGCAGAUGUAACACCAGCCAGGCGGUGGACGGGACUUCAGAUGCGCCUGCUCGGGUGUUGGCUGUGACUCAUCAAAAAGGAAAAACUUUUUUUUAAAUUCCAAAAACCAGCUGCACUUUAAACCCUUCACGAAUCCCCGGCUGUGAUGAAACUCGUCUCUGUCAUGAUUCCUCUUUGAUGUGGAUUCUAAUGCUUUUUUUUUUUUUUUCCCAAAGUGAGAUCGAAGCGAAUCACAGAAGCAGGUCAAACAUGCUUUUUUUUAAAAUCCUCUCCAACACAGCGUCGCCAAACCAUUAGAUGUAAAAUAUUUUGUUUUUUAAAUGGAAUGGCAUCCUCAGUUACUUUAAUUUGUGUGACAACCUUCUGUUCACUUUUUUUUUUAAUGUGCUGACAUGUUUAGUCGUCCAGUAAUCUGUUUCCAUUCAUCCAAAUGUAUCACUGUAAUCGUUGUUCAGAAGGAUAUUAUGUGUCGUAUCCGAUAUUAAGCGGGUCAUUCCAUGGAAAGUAAUCAGUGCCUCCCACCUGAGCCCAUCAGAACCAGCAGAUAUUUUUGUACAAAAAAAUGUGGCAUGCAUGCUUAUACUGUAAAUACUUCAUACUAUGAAUAUUUUCCAAAUAAUAGGAACUCAAAGUACACAGGCGAGGGUUCAGAUGUUACACUUUUUAAUUUAAAUUAUCGUUUUAGCAUUUUCGAGACGUGGAAAUGUUAAAAGUGCAGGGAAUAGUUACAAAACGCUGUCAAACCUGAAAAAAAUUGAUUCCAACUGUCAAAAUCUGAGGUAAAAAACUUGGAUCGAGUAAAAGGAACAUGUUGUCCUGCGCCAAAACAAAACUGCCACAAGCUGAGCAGACAAUGAAGCAACAGCAAAGAAAAAAGGAAAACUUUCAUCUGUUAUAACCACAUGCUUAUAUGAGCCUUCAAACAUUACCCAGAAUGCACUUUUUUUUCCUCCUGUGAGCAAAUCAGAUUCAGGCAUCCAGGCUGCUUGUUAUUAUUUCUGUUUCUCUAUAGCAUACAGAUUAUAUGAGUGUAGUUUUGCUUUGGAGCUAUGAUUGAUCCAGCGCCCCUAUAGUCCACUUGACUGAGCAGGCAACUCAUGUACCAAAGACUCGAGUCCUCACCAGUGUCAAAUCCAACCUGCGUUUCUUUCUACCUUCACUCACUCACACGUUCUUAUUUAAUAAAUACAAAAAGUUAAACUAAAUUAAAAAUAAAAACAUUUAUCUUCUACCACUUGUUCAUUUGAGGGUUGAUAUAGGGUAAAAGUAGGGUAUACCCUGGACGGAUUGCCAGUCUGUUGCAGGGCUAACAGAGAGACAACCAUUCGUGCUCAAAUUCGCACCUAUUGUCAAUUCAGGCUUACCCAAACCCACGCUCGUCUUUGAAUUGCGGGCCAAAACCAGAGAGGGGAGAGAACAUGCAAACUCUGCACAAGGUUCAUCUUAAAAUUGGUUAUAGAAAAAAUGUGCUAAGUAAAUACAAGGUAUUGGCUCCAGGUUGUGAUGGUGGGGAUUUAUUAAUAACAAUUUAAUAUUUACAUUACAACUAAAAUAUGUUUUUCACCCAUUUCAUCUCAAAAAAUUUAGAAAAAAAGAACAAAUAAAAUAAGCACCGAGUUUUAACCAACUCUUAAAAUAUUUAUGGUAUGACUGUAAUAUUUUGCAUGCCUUUGUUAAAUAGAAUUAUUGUACCAAAAAUAUAUUGAUUCAGAGGGGUCAGGUGGAAACUUUUUAUAUAUAUAUAGCUAUAUAGAUUUGGCUGACUUUAUAUUGAAUGACCCAGUCUGACUGCGGUAGAGUCAGUGCAUCUACCUAACUGACAGAGCAGCACUGUAAAUCAGUCCUGAUCAACAUCAUGAAGUAACAAAUUCACCGGUGGUGAAUGGUUGUGCCAUACGAGUCCUUUUUGAUACACUGUAGUUUAACUAAACCCAUAUUUUUUUAUAUAUACUAUACGUACUUAGGCUCUCCUUGUUGUCUGAUCUUUGUCCCGUUCUGUCUGAAGCUGAAAAAUCACAGUAUGUACAUAUUUUAAGGACAGAAUUACAAUUUCAUUUAAUAUAUAAACUCUGUCCCAACUGGGGGUCUUCUGUGUUUGUGUAGAACGCUUGCUACGUUGAUGCUAUUGUAAUUCACUGUGUUGUCUAUUUUUGUAGAUGUUUUAAUAAAGUUAAUCUUUUCAAAA